AACAAAUUUCUGAAGGAGAGAUAGAGAGGGGAGAGAGCAAAAGCCAAGAGAAAGAGAGUGCGAUUAUAUUAAGUAAUUAACAGAUUAGAAAGUUAAAUUACUUAUAAAUCAUGGGAGGUUUUAUAGAUGGGAAAUGGGCACCGAUGAUUAUGAGUGUUUUCAUAAAUAUCAUUUUGGGAAUGGUUAACGCUUUGGUUAAGAAAGUUCUUGAUGGAGGGAUUAACCAUAUGGUCAUUGCUACCUAUCGUUUGGGCAUUUCUACUCUUUUUCUUCUUCCAAUCGCUUAUUUUUGGGAACGGAAAACAAGGCCAAAGCUUACCAUAAGCAUCUCAUGUCAGCUUUUCGUCAGUGCCCUUUUUGGGGCGAGCUUGAUGCAAUAUUUCUACUUGCUUGGACUCUCCUACACUUCUGCCACGUUGGGAUCUGCUUUCUGGGCCAUAAUGCCUUCCCUCACUUUCGUUAUGGCUUUAAUAUUUGGGUUCGAAAAGCUAAACUUGAAAACAAAAGUAGGACACGGCGUCGUUCUUGGAACUUUGAUAAGCUUAGUAGGAGCUUUACUUCUUACUAUGUAUGAAGGCGUCCCAUUAACGCACUCUCAACCACAAGCAGCGGUUUCAAACAGCCACACAGGACAUCAGAACUGGAUCAAAGGUUGUUUGUUUUUAUUGACAGGAGUUGUACUUUUCAGUUCUUGGAUGCUUAUACAAGCCAAGAUCAACACGAACUACCCUUCUCCAUAUUCCAGUACCGUUAUUUUGUCGGUGUUUGGUACCAUUCAGUGUGCCGCUCUUAGUCUGAUCAAGACUAGACAUGUUGACGAUUGGAUCCUCAGAGACGAGCUUACCAUUGUAACAGUCGUUAUAGCGGGUGUGAUUGCACAAGGAAUGUGUACAGUGGGCAUAUCGUGGUGUAUCAAACAACAAGGACCUGUCUUUUCCUCAGCGUUUAGUCCUGUCGUGCUUAUGUCUGCAACCUUGUUCGAUUUCUUGAUUCUUCAUCGGGUGAUUUAUUUGGGAAGUGUUAUCGGAUCCGUGGUGGUUGUGAUCGGUUUAUACAUAUUUUUAUGGAGUAGAAGUAAGCAAAUAGAUGAGUGUAAGACCAUGAAGUUGCCUACCAAUACGGUGGAAGAUGAAAAGGAAGAGGAAGGCCGUACAACGAGAGGCCAACUCUUGGUUAUACCGAUGACUCCUUGAUCAAUCGAUCUACUACUCCCUUAGACACUCUUGUCCAACGAGAAGGAUCGAGAUUGUCUUACAAGAUUAAAUUAUUAAGAAGAGAAGAAAAUGAUAGUUUGAUUGUUUAUUGGACUAUUCCAUGACUUGUAUUGCAGCUUUUUUUUGGAUUUUAAAAUUCCAAAGGGAUUCUUCAUUUGGAUAUUGUAAUUUGUUAUAUAUAAAUAAACUUUAUCGAAUGUGACCUAAUUAAUAGA